UUGGCGGUUGCUAUCCUUUUGAACAAUCAGCCACUGCCACCAGCCAUCAUCUUCCUUCCCUAGCCUCUCCAAUGUAGUGUGACUUAUAUCCAGGGAUUGUCCAUUGUCAUAGUACUGCUAUUUCAUUUGUUGGGAAUAGAAAGUGCCAUCUUAUGCCUUUAGGGAGGCGGAGGAAUUAGUACGUCCCUGCCAACCUUAUUUUCCUUCCCCGUUAAGGGAACCGCACCACCUCCCCUCCGGUCCUAGAAGCUGUCCGUCAUAAGAAAGGCUCUGCCUCUUCCGGGUAGCUUAGGUUGGGUUACUGCUUCCUCCUCUCUCGCUUGCUCUCUCUCUCUUUUGUGAGUUAUAGCAACUGUUGCCUUGUGAAUCAAGCGCCAUAGUCACUGUAGCCUUGGUGACUCGUACUCAUCAACAACAGCUGCUCUUUUCCAUUUCCUUCCUAAUCGUCACCUACAAGAACAGCCGCUACCAGCAAGAACAACAUUCCGCAGUUCAGAGACCACGAUGCAGACAUCAGAGACUGGGUCAGACACAGGUUCGACUGUGACUUUACAGACAUCUGUGGCUGGCCAGGCAGCAGUACCAACACAGGUAGUACAGCAGGUACCAGUUCAGCAACAGAUACAGCAAGUACAGACUGUGCAACCAGUACAGCAUGUCUACCCACCCCAGAUUCAGUACGUGGAGGGAAGUGACACAGUCUACACAAAUGGAGCUAUUCGAACAACUUAUCCUUACACGGAAACCCAAAUGUAUAGUCAAAACACUGGGGGAAAUUACUUUGAUACUCAAGGAAGUUCUGCACAGGGAACGACAGUGGUCUCUUCUCAUAGUAUGGUGGGCACUGGCGGGAUUCAGAUGGGCAUUGAAGGAGGACAGCUCAUUAGCAGCUCAGGAGGGACCUAUCUCAUUGGAAGUUCAAUGGAAAAUUCUGGUCAUUCAGUGACUCAUACAAUGCGGACAUCCCCAGCUACAAUUGAAAUGGCGAUUGAGACACUGCAGAAGUCUGAUGGUCUUUCUACUCACAGAAGUUCUCUUCUUAACAGCCAUCUCCAAUGGCUUUUAGACAACUAUGAAACUGCAGAAGGAGUGAGCCUCCCCAGAAGUACCCUUUACAAUCAUUACUUACGUCAUUGUCAGGAGCACAAGUUAGAUCCAGUCAAUGCUGCUUCCUUUGGGAAACUCAUACGGUCAAUCUUCAUGGGAUUACGGACCAGAAGACUGGGAACCAGGGGAAAUUCCAAAUAUCAUUAUUAUGGGAUCCGUGUCAAACCAGAUUCUCCCCUUAAUCGGUUACAAGAGGAUAUGCAAUAUAUGGCUAUGAGACAACAACCCAUGCAGCAGAAACAUAGGUACAAGCCUGUGCAAAAAGUGGAUGGAGUUGCAGAUGGUUUCACAGGAAGUGGUCAACAAACAGGCACAUCUGCUGAACAAACUAUAAUUGCCCAAAGUCAACAUCAUCGACAGUUUUUAGAUACAUCUCGAGUACUUCCAGAGUUUGGAGAAGUUGAAAUAUCUUCUCUACCAGAUGGUGCUGCUCUUGAAGACAUAAAAUCAUUGCAAAGUCUUUAUCGAGAGCACUGUGAGGCAAUAGUGGAUGUUGUUGUGAAUCUUCAGUUUAGCCUGAUAGAAAAAUUGUGGCAAACUUUCUGGCGCUAUUCUCCUUCUGCUCCAGCUGAUGGCACUGGUAUUAUUGAAGCAAGCAAUCUGACUGAAAUAGAAAGUCGACUUCCAAAAGGAAAACUGAUUACUCUGUGCAAAAAUGAGUCUAUUCUGAAAUGGAUUUGUAAUUGUGACCAUGUGAUGUACCAGGCUUUGGUGGAGAUUCUCAUUCCUGAUGUCCUUAGACCUAUUCCUAGUGCCUUGACUCAAGCCAUUCGCAAUUUUGCAAAAAGCAUUGAAGGUUGGCUUUCCAGUGCCAUGAACGAUAUUCCACAGAGAAUGAUAGAAACCAAGGUUGCCACUGUAAGUGCCUUUGCCCAGACUCUGCGAAGAUACACAUCUCUUAAUCACCUGGCUCAGGCAGCUCGGGCUGUGCUUCAGAACACUUCUCAGAUCAACCAGAUGCUCAGUGAUCUCAACCGUGUUGAUUUUGCCAAUGUCCAGGAGCAGGCUUCCUGGGUGUGUCAGUGUGAUGACAUUAUAGUUCAAAGACUAGAAACAGAUUUCAAGAUGAUUCUACAGCAGCAGAGCACUCUGGAGCAGUGGGCUGCCUGGCUUGAUAAUGUAAUGAUGCAAGCAUUGAAACCAUAUGAAGGAAGACCCAGCUUUCCUAAAGCAGCACGACAAUUUAUUUUAAAAUGGUCUUUCUACAGCUCAAUGGUGAUUCGAGAUUUAACCUUACGCAGUGCUGCUAGCUUUGGCUCUUUUCAUCUGAUCCGCUUGCUUUAUGAUGAGUACAUGUUUUACUUAGUAGAACAUCGUGUUGCUCAGGCAACAGGAGAGACACCUAUCGCAGUUAUGGGAGAGUUUGGUGAUUUAAAUGCUACAUCCUCUGGAAAUAUGGAUAAAGAUGAGGGCAGUGAAGUUGAAAGUGAAAUAGAAGACAUGGAUGAAAAUGGAGAGCCACAAGACAAGAGGAAGAAAACAGAACUGCACCAGGUGGGCUGUGUGCAGCAGCCAGCACUUGAGAGUGGAGUAGAGCAGAACCUCCUGAACCCACUUCAUAAUAAGCACAUUGUUGCAAAUACUCAGACUGUCAGACAAUGCAGUGCUACUGGAAAUACAUAUACUGCAGUCUAAUAUUGAAGCACCACACUUACACCCAACUACAUUAGCCCUGUUGAUGCUGGACUAAAUGUGGGGGAUGGAGAAAAUCGGUCUGAAAGCUGACAUCACAUUUUUAGCUAUGCUGAACAUUACCUUUUAUUACAGUUGUGGAAUGAAAUGGGUGUAUGUAUGUUGCCAGGUAUUUAAAAAAAAAAGUAAGCAAAAUCAUUUUACAUUGGCUACUCAAUGAGUUUUCCUCAUUUCAAGUGUCAAUGAAGAUUUUUGCCAAGCUUUGAAUGUUAAUGCUUUUGUCCUCUUAUAAUUAAAGUAACUUAAUUUUUUUUCAUAGUUUUAAAAAUUAUGCUAAUUUUAAUUAAGUCUUUAUUAUUUCAUAUACAUGGGUUUUUAAUUAGGUGCACUUCUGUAAAAUAUCAAAAGAAAUACUUUAUUGUAUUUUUACUGGAGGCAUACUCAUUUGAUUGCAUAUGCAUCAAAAUUGUCAUAAAAGGUGCUUUUCAUUAAACAGAACUAGAAGACACUAUUUUGAUGAAAUUGUGAUCAUUCAGGGGGUAUUUUUAUGAUAAUGCUGGAGGACUGGGAAGAUCUACUGUUUUCUUUCUGUAAGGAAGAAGUGUUUUCACUGCAUUUACAAAUGCAGAAUGAUAGAAUUGUAAAAAUGCGGUAAUGUGUACACUGUAGGCAUACCAAAUUAUCUGAUCACCUUGUAAACAAUACAAGCUUCCUUUAAAAUUGACAGCUCCAGAUUUUGUUUGUGUGCCAGUUCCUCUGGUUUUGGAGACUACUGAUUCUAUAUUUGGGACCACUGCACAGAUGCUUUUGGUGGUUGAAUGGUAUUGUAGAAACUGAACCUGAAGUGACUUUAUUUUUUAUUUUUUUAAAGUGUAUAUGCUACUUAUGCUGAACUGGACAUACAAGAAAACAUUCAAUUUAGAUGACUUUCUUCUAUUCCAAGUCUUUUCCUACUAACUCAAUCAUCUGCUGUCAUAAAAGAUAAUUUAUAGAAUGUAAGGAAUGUAGCAACCCACAUAAUUUUCUUUUCAAAAUAUAUUUCCUGAUUCUUAAAGUAAAUUUACAUUUUUACAAAACUUUAAUAAGGUACUAUAACUGGCACACCUCACUUGCACUUAUUUCCAAUUGCAUAGAAUUUGAAUAGGUGGCAAAAUGGACCACUGCCAUUUAAGAAUGUACAUCAGGGAUCAUUGUACCUCGGCUAUUACAUUGGUGCCUUAAACAGAACUGAAGCUAAGAUUAGUAUUUUUUGUUAUUCUUAAUAACUGUUAAUUUUUUUCAUGAAAUGUUUUUUUUUUCAUGAAAAUUUUAUUUUUUCAUGAAAAUUUCAAAUGAGGUUUAUGUUCAUUUAUCUCUAAAUUCAUCUGUGCACUGAAUCCUCAUAGUUUUUGUUCCCCCAAAUAUCAGUCAUGAUUUUUUCCUUAGAAAUCAGUACCCUUCACCAAAAAUCCUAAAAAAUAACCCAUGAAAAUAUUUACUCCCUUUCAUUAUAUGAUUUUUAUAAGUAAAAAAGAAUAAGCUAGUCACCAUUUUUCAUUUUUAACAUAAGUUUUUAAUGUUAUAGUAUUGUAGUAUGACGUGUAUUUCAAAUUUUUUAUUGACAAACCUUAAAUGUUUACUUAUUAUAAUCCUUUAUUGGUAGAAUGUUGGAUUUGUUGUUGCUGAGAGAAAAGUAUUGUUGUAAAAUGUAAAUCUAGAUUGUUAAGAAGCGGUUGGACCUGAAUAUCUCCGGACUGACAUUUUGAAUAGUUGUUCACUGUUCAUAUAGUGCAAAAAGAAAAUAAUAUAUUCACACAAAUAAUGUAUUUCAUGUAUUCUAAUAGCAAUUAUCAAAAAAAUGGAACUAUCCCUGAUUCAAAUAACUGAAUGAAGUUUUUAUUUUUAUGCUUAUCAGUUGACCAUUCUCUCAAAUAAAACAAUAUUUUCCCCACUUUAACAAAUAUUUAAAGGAAUUCAGUUGCUGUAAGCUGAUGUGUAUGCUUACAGGUUUGAGAAUUUUCUGCUUCGAUAUGAAUUAAUAUGAAUUGAUUUGCACACCUUUGCUAUUUUUUAAUAGAUGGGUACUGUUAAUGAUUUAAGACCAGAGAUAUGGAUACCUCAGUCCAAAUUAUGUAGCAUGCAGCACGUGGCUGAAUUACCACAUCAACUAUGAAGUCUGCUUAACUCUUUUAGAGCUCUAAAAAGCUGUAGCAAGUAUCCGCAGGUUAGACAUUAUAAGAACUUUUUGGGGUUUUACCUGAUCUUGAUGUGGAAUUCCAAAUAAUUAUUUUAGUGACACUUCUCCUAUAUAACUUAGUGAACAGUGUUGGGAAUGGGUGUUGUUAAAUUACUUUUUAAAUCACAGGGCCCAAUUUUCACAAGUUUUAUAUUUAUGAAAAGUUGUUGGUACAUUUUCAUAUUUCCCAUCAUAAAUCAGUUUAAAAAAUCCCUCUUUUCAGUUAUCUAUUUCUGUAUUUUAGUAUUGUACUGUAACAUGCUUUGUGCACCCUUUUUUAAUGUUUCAUUAAAAAAAAAAAAAGAGUAUAUUCUUUAAAUUGUUUGCUUACAAAGUCACGAUGUACAGCAUUUCUGCCUUUAGCUCACAAAUGUGUAAAAUGUGCUGGUGUACUGUCACUGAAGAAUGCAUGGGUCUAUAAAACAUUUCAGUUUAAACCAAACCAUUUUUAAAUGUAUGAAACACUGUUUUGGUUCAAAAUAUUUUCAACAGGAGACCUAAUCUGAUAUAUUUGUGGUUAUCACCAAUUGACAUCAGUAUUGUUUAGAAAAACAUGUAUAUUAGUUAGAGCUACAUUGCAAUUUAAUUUAUAGAGUGGAUUUACAAAACAAAAUAACCUUUUAUAGUAAUGAAAAAAAUGGUGAAAAUUUAACUUUUUAAAUAAUGUAGGUAUUUUUGGUAAUUCAUAUGACAGUGAUUUCAGAGUUUAAAACAUUAAUCUGAGAGAUCAGUGUAAAUUUCUGAAAAUUGCAUUCUUGUCUGUAGAACAGGAAAACUAUCAUGUCUACAGUUUAAAAACAGGUCAAUGAAUGGUAUUGUAGUAUAUUUGCUAAUUUGGCAAUUAAAAGAAAAGAAAUGUAAUAGAAGCAUAAACAAAAUAGUUUUAGCAUUAGAAAAUUAAUUUAAUGUAAUGCUUUGCAUUAACCCUUUGAGUAUUGUAAGGAUAAGAACAAAACUUUUUAGAUAGGUUAAUUAGAUCACUAAAAAUGUUCUAUACAUCUAAGUAGCUGGUCAUGUUGCAGAAAAUAUUUUUUAUUUUCUAAAUUAAAUACUUGCAUAUUAGACAGAAGUGGUUUUGUUAUAGAAGGCUCAAUAGACAGGCUAAAUUAUUCACUGCUAUCAACUUGUGCUGUCUGGUGCAAAACACUACUUCUGCUCUUUUGUUUUCCUAAUUGCGUUAAUAUCUCAAGAAAUCAAAUAUGUAGCUCUACAGACAUAAGUUGUCUACUUUAAGAGUCCUUUACAAGAUGGAGGUUUAGAAAGGAAUAUAUAUACUAUUUUGAAAAUCACUUCAGGGUAGUAUUAAAAUGCUCUAAUAAUGUCAAUUAAAAUCUUUAGAAAUAAAAACAAAACCGCUUAAUUAAAAGAAUAAAUUUUACAGAACUGUUGGUAUGUUUGCAGUCAAAUUUUCUGCAGUCUAUCUGAUAAAUAGAUACAAAAAGGAGAGUGUUGUAUUCAUAUUACUUUUAACUUUCGUUCACUUUGCUAUUGACUAAUAGAAAGACAGAGGUACUAUAUUCAGUUUCCUCUACAGGGAUGCAGCAGUUUGGAUGAAUGUCAGAAAAAAAAAAAACAAAAACAAAAACAAAAA